UUGACUACUGCAGACUCCUCAGACUUCAGUAGUUGGUCUGCCAACUGCUGUAGCUAUCUUUGGUGUUUAGUGCCAAGGAGGAAAGGUAGAAUUGCAAGCCCAUUGAAUGGCUCUCCAUUCCAGGCUCUGCUGAAAAGAGAGGAAGAUUAUCAACUGUGGUUCUCUUCCAGACAGGGGAAAGCGCCAUGCCCACUCCUGGGACAUGAGAACCCAUAUACCAUGAGAAUGGGUGACUUUUGAAAUUCUACCUUUGUGGCAGUGGGGCCAAGUGACUACACUGAUUAUCUUGAUAUUAACAAGGCAGUCCCCACAUGUGCCAGGACUAUUCAUCCUGAAGCCCAAGGACCCACCCAAACACCAGAGCAGAGAGGCCAUUACCAUGGACUCUUCUGGAGAGGCCAAGUCAAGGCCCCUGACUGUGUCUGUCUGGACACAUCAGCCCUAAACACUGGGCACCUGUUUGGAUAGACCCUCAUGGAUAUUUGUGAAGAUGAUGAGGAGCUACCUGCUCCAAUUCUGAAUUUCCAAUUGUCUCACCAAAUCUGCUGCUGCUGCUGCUGCUGCUGCUGCUGUUGAAAAUGACAGUGAAGUGUGAGGGAUUAUGGAGAAGAAGCUUGUGUUUUAGAAGCAGCCUGAAGGCAGAGCUGGGCCGGUGGUGCAGGGUUUACUGUGGUGACAUUUGGAGCCCAUGCGCCUGUGGAGUUUGCUGCAGAAAGGCUGCAAUAUAAAAAUCCCAGACUUGCUCAGAGGGCUUGGGGAAGAAAAAAGAAAGGAAAAGCUUAGCCGAAGAGUUGGUGACUGCAGCAGAAGUCCCCGUGUGCAGUUCUGGCAUGCGAAGGUGGAUACAAAGCUACAGAAUGCAGUGACCUAUGAUGAUGUGCAUGUCGACUUUACUUGGGACGAGUGGGCUUUGCUGGACCCUUCCCAGAAGAAUCUCUACAAAAAUGUGAUGCUGGAGACCUACAGGAACCUCACUGCUAUAGGCUACAAAUGGGAAGAACAUAAUAUUAAUGAAAAAUUUCAAAGAUCUAGAAGAAACAGAAGGCAUGAAAGAAGUCAUACUGGAGAGAAAUCCUAUGAAUGCAAUCAAUGUGGUAAAGCCUUCUCACAGCAGAGCAAUCUCCAAAUACACAGAAGAAUUCAUACUCAAGAGAAACCCUAUGAGUGUAAUCAUUGUGGGAAAGCCUUUGCCCGUUACACUCAUCUUCAAAGCCAUAAAAGAAUUCAUACUGGAGAGAAACCCUAUGUAUGUAAUCAGUGUGGUAAAGCUUUUUCACAACAGAGUCAUCUCCAAGUUCAUACAACAAUUCAUACUGGAGUGAAACCCUAUGAAUGUAAUCAGUGUGGGAAAGCUUUUGCAUGUUACAGUUAUCUUCAAAGUCAUAAAAUAAUUCAUACUGGAGAGAAACUCUAUGAAUGUAAUCAGUGUGGGAAAGCUUUUGCACGUAACAGUAAUCUUGAAAGGCAUAAAAUAACUCAUACAGGAGUAAAACCAUAUGAAUGUAAUCAAUGUGGGAAAGCCUUUUCUCGACAGAGUUAUCUCCAAAUACAUAAAAGAACCCAUACUGGAGAGAAACCCUAUGAAUGUAAUCAAUGUGGGAAGGCCUUUUCACGACAGAGUUAUCUCCAAAUACAUAAAAGAACCCAUACCGGAGAGAAACCCUAUGGAUGUAAGCAAUGUGGUAAAUCUUUUGCAGAUUACACUUAUAUUAGAGUACAUGAAAAAAUUCACACUGGAGUGAAACUAUAUGAAUGUAAUCAGUGUGGGAAAGCCUUUUCACAACAGGGUUAUCUCCAAGUUCAUAAAAGAAUUCACACUGGCGAGAAACCCUAUGAAUGUAAUCAAUGUGGAAAAACUUUUGCACGUCACAGAAAUCUUCAAAGACAUAAAAGAAUUCAUAUUGGACAGAAGCCCUAUGAAUGUAAUUAAUGUGAGAAAACCUUUUCACAAGAGAAUCAUCUCCAAGUUCAUAAAAAAACUCAUCUGGGAGAGAAAACCAAUGAAUCUAAGCAACCUGGUAAAGCUUUUGCAUGUCACAGUUACCUCAAAGGCAUGAAAGAAUUCAUAUUGGAGAGUAACCCUAUGAGUGUAAUCAGUGUCAUAAAGUCUUUGCAUUUCACCAUAAUCUUUGAAACCAUGAAAGAGUUCAUCAAGGAAUAAAACCUGUAGCGUUUAAUCAAUCUGUUAAAGUCUUCAUAUAUUAGAGCAGUUUUUGAGGACACAAAAGAACUAACACUGAAGGGGAAUCUGUGAGUAUAAAGGAUUUGGUAAGAUCUUUAGCCAACAAGCUUACAUUUAGUUACUCAAGGUUAUUUAUUGAGAUAAAAUCUGACAAGUGUCAACAAUCUGUUCAAGCAUUAAAAUCUCCUUUUUUAUUUUGUUUUCACCUACUAACUCAUGGAUAAAAGCCCUGUGGAUUUAAUUAGUAAGACAACCUUUUAGAUAUCAUACUUCUCUUCAAUUAAAUAAAAAAACUCAGCCAGGAGUAAAACAUUAUGGAUGUAUACUAGUCUUUUCCUGUGAUAAAACACAAUGUCUAAGGCAACUUAAAAAAAGAGCUUAAUUUGGCUUAUGGUUCCAAAGCAAAACAAGUUCAUCAAGAGAGGCUUGGCAACAAGUGUCAGAAAUAACAGCUAAAGCAGGAAGCUCAGAGCUUACAUCCUCAACAUGAAGCAGGGAGCAGAGAGUAGGAACUGGAAGUGGUGUGAGGAUUUUAAUAUCUCAAAAUCCAUCACCAGUGACAUAUUUCCUAAACUUUUCCAAAUGAUACCAAUAACUGAGAAGUAUUGAUUCUCUGACUUUUAAGCCUGCAUGGUUGCUUUCUGUUAUAUGAACCAAUUCAUGAUAAAGAAAAAAUUCUGUAGGUAAGCCUUUAGAUGCUUCAACAUCUGGGUUACAGGCAUGAAUGUUUACACAAGAGAAAUAGUCCUGAGUGGAAAUGAUUAAUGAUUCACUUUAAUUUUUAUUUUGUUAUGUCAGUGUGUCUUUGGAUAGAUGCAUGUGCUUGGUAGUUCCCAAGAAGGGUAGACCCUGUAGUCUUCUUGAAUUUCUAGCUGAAAUUACAGGAAGUUGUCAAAAACCUCACCUGGAUUCUGAGCAGGAACUUUUCUUCACUGCUUGGCCCUGUCUUUAUCCCUGUAAAUAUUUUAAAGCUUUUAUAUAUCAUGUGGACAUUAGGAAAUAGGGAAGAAUUCACAGACGAGAGAAAUCCUGGACAUGUAAACAAUAUGGUAAAGCCUUUAGACAUCAGAAUUGUCUUCAGUUUCAAGAGAAAAAAAUCUUGUUUCAUCUCUUUGUUACAGAAGAUGCCUUGAAGCAAAUAAAUUGUUUACUAUGUUCACUAAACUCUGAUGGUGGAUGUCACAGUAAUGUGGUUUGUAUUUUGGAACUUUUGGAGUAGGUAUUGAAAUGUUCUGUAUAUGUGGCAAAUUCACUUACUGAAGUUUAUUUGGUGGUUCAUAUAUUCCUUCUUUCACCUCUGUUCAUCUUCUCUUGUGCUUUGACUUGAUGAUGGGUAUUUUUCUGUUGAAAUGUUUGAAAUGCCUAUCAUCUAAGGGGUCCCUUGUUUAUUUAAAUAUCUUGCAGUGUAUGAUCAUAAUUUUCAAGUAAAGAUGUCUAUGAAAGGGUGGUGGGUUUUUGUUCCUGAUUUUGUUUUUCACACUUUCACAAAUUCUCUUUAGAUGUUUGUUAUCUAGCCUGUUGUGGAUGUCAGUAAUUCAUCAGCACUACAUUUGAACUCAUGAUUCUCAUGUGUCAGCCUCCUGAGUACAAGUCCAAGUGUAAAAGAUAUACCCCUAAUAUGUCCUGUUUUGGCAAUGCAUUUUAACAGUGUUAAUGUUAAUAGAAAAGAAUAAGAAACACUGAAUACCUCAUGUGUGUACCCAAAGCGGCAUUUUCAUCUGUCUGGUAGAGAUACAAGAAAGUAAAAUAAUCAGCAAUCAACUGUAUAUCUCAUAGCCUAACUUGAUAUGCUAUGUAUAUGUAUAUAUUUUUUACAUUCCUGCCUCUUCAUGAUCUAGUUUUUCCAUAUGCCACUCCAUCUUGAAGUAUUGUCUCCUAAAGGAAUUAUCUAGAGAUGUAAGACAAGACAUUUGUUUUCUGAAAUGCAUUUCUGUUAUGUGUGGGUGGGUAUAAUGUAUAAUAUGGGUUUGAAUGGGUGACAGAUAUGUUGGGACCAGAACAAAACUUUGUGGGGUUUCUUUUGGCCCUCUUCAAAUGGUGAUCAAGGUCAGGUUACCAGCCUUGCAUACGAGAGUAAUUUUUUCCUAAUGAGGCAUCUCACUAGUGCUCAAAUAAGGUUAGUAGAAACAAUACAUCAGUGUUCCUAUUCAAAUUGUAAACAUGUUGUCAUCUAAGGAUUGAGGAACACAGUAUAAUUUGAAUAAUGAAUUCUACUUGCAAAUAGAUAUAUUUAUAUUGCCAUCUUUUUUAUUGUGUUAGUUUAUUAUGAGGACUAGACACUUGUUGAUAACACUUUCUCAGAACCACAAAUGAAUGCCAGAGAAUUGUCUCAUUGUGUAAAGGCUUCUACUAAGUCUGACUAAACCUGAGGACCUGUGUUUACUCUGUGAUACCCACACGAUUCCUGCAAGUUUUUCUCUUAUUUCUACACUUGGGCUCUUGCGUGUGCACAGCCAAACACUAGCACGGAGAAAAAUAAUUCUUGAACCCACAUGAGGCCAGUGAGGUCACUUGUAUCCAAACUGGACUACCUACGUUUGAUUACUAGAAUUCCCAUAGACAGAAUAGUAAUUGACAACUGUAAGUUGUCUUGUAAGUUUUACAUGCAUACCAUGGCACAAGUUUAAAUUAACAAAAUAACCAAAAUAUUGAGAACAUAUGAAAUGGUUUACCAAUUGAAAUUAAUGCAUUUUCAAAUUUUAAGAUUUACUGUUCCUCAAAACCAUGAUGGUUCCUGUUUAAAGUUUACAUUAUCAUUUCAUUCUGAUUCAAAGGUCAAAGAAGAGAAAGAUCCAUAACUCAAAUUACAGACAUUUUUAAUAUAGUCUAGCUAGACUGAUCUCUACUAAACAAAACCUCAUUGUCUGUACUCACAUCAGGAGAAGUGUGUUAACCAUGUCAAUAAGAAGCAAUGUGGAGAAUUCACUCACAGAGGGCUAGAUAUCCAUUGAAUCCUUCAAUGACCAUGUAGCAGGGGCUUUCAUUACUUUCAAUUGAUAGAUAACAGAAGGAGUAAUGGGGCAUCUUCAUCUUCUGCAUUAUAAUGAUAUAUUUGUAGGUGGAGAGUUGGCUCAGUAAUACUGGUCAUGUUAGAUACCCAAGUUUGGUACCUAGCACCCACAGCAGCUGGUUCAUACUAUCUAUAAUUUCAGGUCCAGGAGAUAUGGUGUGCUCUGUUUGCCUCCUUGGAUACCAGGUAUGCAAAUGAUGUAAAUAGAGAUACAUGUGACUUUAUAUUGUAAAAAAGGUUUUCUUCAUGUAAAUGUUAUUGUCUAAUUCAAAUUAAUUUAAUUUAGGAGUAUAAAUUUUGCUAAUGUGUGCACCAGUUGCAUGCCAGGUACCAGUGGUGGCCAGACGAUUGUAUUAGCUUCCUCAUGACUGAAGCUACAGACAGGUGUGAGCUGUCUUGUGUGUGCUGGUAAACAAAGACAGACCCUCUGGACAAAAAAAUCCAAUGUUCUUAGCUGCUGAGCCAUCUAUUCAGCCCUAUAUACAUAUCAUUAAUAGCAGUAAGAUGUAAAUGGCUGUUUUUCAGUUCAUCUUUACCUCAGCCCUGAUGAUCCAGAAGAAAUAAAAAUGGAUAACAUCAAGAAUUAACUUAACUUGGUGUUUUGAAAAUUUUCUGAGCCAAAAUCUUCAAAAAAUGAGGGAAGAAUGCAAAGAAUAUUCAGGAGAGAAUAUGACAAUAUAAGUCCUAAAGUGUCUGACCAUUUGACAAAAGCCACAAGACUGAGUUUAUCUCAAACAUGAUAAAUAGUCAGCAAUUGGAGCCCACAAGGACAUAGAUCAGGUGUUCCCCAGUGUAUGGCUCCUUAAUGGAGAAAAAUGAUUUGUAGGCAUGAAGGUAGACUUGUCUAAAAGGGAGUGUAUUCUACUUCUCUACUGCCUGUGAAUAGACUAGAAAAUGUAAAGAAAAACAUUGUUUUAGUGCAUGAUUGGGAAAAAGCAGACAGCAAACAUGGACCAAAGGAUUCCUUAGAGAAAAAAUCUUGGUGAUUUUAGGUGGGAAGCUGGAGCUACACAUUAUGUCCCAGCAUAGCUUCGAUCUCUGGCCUGUAGCUGUAAACUUGCCUGCUAGCAACAGCUUUUUUUUAACACCAAUUUCUUUUGGUUCUGGUAGAGCCUUUGCUUUCCCAAGACUGGUGGUUCUAGGCUGAUACAAAUUUUACAUGAGCCUUCAAAACCUAACCAUUUAAAAGUGCCAGAUUCCUUUAAUGCCUUGUCAGUUUUUGAGGCACAUGCUCAGAAAAUUUACUUCCCUCUUGAAUCCAUUGAAUAUAUUAGAUAAUGAAAAGUGUUAAAGCAAUAAAUCAAAGCUAACACACACCAUUGUAGUCUGGUGUCACCUCUUUAGUAUAAAUGGGAUAAUCCCCUGAGGGCUCAGUGGCAGCAGGAAGUUAUGGAUGUCUUCAUUUUGUUUUACACAGCAGUAACCAAGAAGUCACAUGGCAUUGGCAUUUAUCGUGAAACCAUUAGCAAAGAUGGUUAAUUCACAUGGCUGUUUUCAUUGUGAUGAGGUCACCAGCCAAGUGGGAGCAAAAUACUUGGUUCCUUUUUGCUCAGCUCCAUGGAAAGGUGAGCCCAUCCCCCAUCAUGCAAAAUCUCUGCAGGAUUCAAACAUCACAAGUUAAAUGUCCAUUAUUGCUCCAUAAUCACAAUCCUUUUGAGCAAUUCUUAGCUUUCUGCUUUCCAUAUAACUUUAGAAACAGCUUUUUCUUUAAUGAAUAGUUGGAAGUUUUCUUUGGUUAUGUGGAAUUUAUGCUACAAAUUGAACACAUCCAAUAUCUUAAUAUUGAGUCAUCAUGUAUACAAGGAUCAUCAAUGACUUACCAUUCAUUUAGUUCUUUUAUUGUUUUGUGAAUAUGUGAAAGACUUUUAGUUCAUUGCAUGAAAUGUACUUUGGGGCUGGACAGCAUAUACUCCUCUUGGGGGUGAUCUGUGUUCACAUCCCAAACAUCCAUGUUGGGAGGCUCAUAUGUACCUGCUACUCCAGAUCUAGGAUAUGUGACAAACUUCUUUUCUCUUGUGUCACCUGAAUAUACAUAAAAGACAUUCUCACACACAAACAUACAUACAACGGAGUUCAACUAUUUUCAAAAGUGCAUAUGACUCACAACGCAACUGGAGCAAAACAAGUUGCUUUAAGUGUAUAUUAAAAAGCAUACAAAAUUUCUUUUAAAAUCUGUUAUGUUGCUUUUGGUUUUAAAAGAUUUGCAUGAUAGAGAAUUUCAUCCAGAAAUUAAUCAUAAGAAACAUAAAAUAGUGUCUAAGUGAUCACAAAAAAGAUAUAAUUUCCUUUAUAGUAAGAGAAUGAAAUAGAUUUUAUUAGUUAAAACUAUUAUCUGCAAUGUUAAAACAUCAGAAUUAUCAAGUAAGUGUCAAAUUUUGAAAGAAGAGCCUCACAAACACUAUUUCUAUAACUGGCAAGCAGAGUCCUAGAGUGCACAAGUGGGAGUGCUGGCCUGUGGUUUGUUUUUAUUGUUGUUUUACUAAAAUUCUGUACUUCUUUGUUUAAAGGACCAUGAUUUAUUUGUAGGUUUGUAUCUUUUAUCAGUGGUGCCCUCUCUUUCAAAUGUAUUUAGCUUGGUGAAUAUACUUAAAUAAAACAAAUUGUGUUUGUUAGUUGAAGAGGCCAUUUUGCUUUCAAUUGUAGUUUGCAACAUGAAUAUUGUUGAGUAAGUAUACUCAGAAAGAACACAUUGCCUUUUCUAGGAAAAUAGGCCACUUAUUUUUCAACUCUUGUUAGCAAAGUGAUUAGAAUAAUGAGUUGCUUAGAAUAAAUGUACUCUAUUGGCUGGGAAAAGACUCCACUUCACUUUCAACUGUAUUUAGCAAUGUGUAGAAUAGUGAAUACUGUAAAAAUAAACACAUUGUCUUUGUUAAGAGAAUGGGCCACUUCUCUUUCAACUGUAUUUAGCAAUGUGACUAGAAGAGUAAGUAUGCUCAGACAAAACACAGUCUUUGCAAGAAAAACAAGCAACUUCUCUUUAAAUUAUACUUAGCAAUGUUAAUAGUGAGUAUGCACAAAAGGAACACAUUGUCCUUGCUAAGAGGACAUUUAUCUCUUUCAACUGGAUUUAGCAAUAUAAAUAGAAUAGUGUGUAUCCUUCAAAGAAACACAUUAUGUUUGCUAGGAAAAGAGGCCACGUCUCUUUCAAUUCUAUUCAGCAAUAUGAAUAGAGUAGAGAGUAGACUUAGAAAAAAUUCAUUGUCAGUGCUAAUAAAACAGGGAAUUUCUUUUUCAACUGUAGUUACCAAAGUGAAUAGAAUAGUGAAUUCAUUUACAAUAAACACAUUGUCUUUGCUGAGAAAAGAGGGCACUUCUCUUAAACUGUACUUAGCAAUGUGAAUAGAACAGUGAAUACAUAUAGAAGAAAGUAUUAUAUUUUUUAGGAAAAGAGACCACUUCUCUUUCAAAUGUAUUCAGCAAUGUGAAUAGAAUAGUGAGUACUCUUAGAUGAAAUGCAUUGACUUUGCUAGGAAAAGGAGACAUUUCUCUUUCAAGUAUAGUUACCAAUGUGAAUAGAAUAGAAUACACUUAACAGAAAUGCAUUGUCUUUGCUAGGAAAAGAGGCCACUUCCUUUUCAACUGUAUUUAGCAAUAUGAAUAGAAUACUGAGUAAGUUUAGAAGAACCAAAUUAUCUUUGCUAUGAAAUGUGGCCACUUCUCUUUCAACUGUAGCAAUAGUGAGUAGAAUAGUGAAUACUUUUAGAAUAAAUGCAUUGUCUUUGCUAGGAAAAGAAGUCAGUCCUCAUUCUUCUUCAACUGUGCUUAGCAAUGUGAAAAGAAUAGUGAGUAUUCUUAGAAGAUACAUUGACUUUGCAAGUAAAAGGGUCCAUUUCUUUUUCAACUGUAGCUGGCAAAGUGAAUAUAAUAGUGUGUAUACUAAGAAUAAAUACAUUGUCUUUUCUAGGAAAGGGGGCCAAUUCUCUUUCAACUGUAUUCAGCAGUGAGAAUGGAAUUGUGACUAGGCUUAGGAAAAAAACAUUGUCAAUGUUUGUAAAAGAGGACAUUUCUCUUUCAACUGUAUUUAGCAAUGUGAAUAGAAUAGUGUGCAAGCUUGGAAGAAACAUUGUCUUUGCUAGGUAAAGAGGCCCCUUCUAUUUAACUAUAUUAAGCAAUGUGAAUAGAACAGUGAGUGGACUUAGACUAAAGCAUUGUCUUUUCUAAGAAAAGACGCUGCUUCUUUUUCAACUGUAUUUAUCCAGGUAAAUAUAAUAGUGAGUACAGUUAGAAGAAACACACUGUCUUUGCUAAGAAAAGGAGAUAUUUCUCUUUCAAAUGGACUUAGCAAUGUGAAUAGGAUAGUGAAUACUCUUAGAAGAAACACAUUGUCUUUGCUAGGAAAUGGAGGACAUUUCCCAUUCAACUGUAGUUAGCAAUGUGUAGAGUAGUGAGUGCUCUUAAAGAAACACAUUGACUUAGUAGGAAAAGAGGCCACUUCUCUUUCAACUGCAUUUAGCAAUGUGAUUAUAAUAGUGAGUACACUUAAAGAAACGCAUUGUCUUUGCUAGGAAGGGUGGCUACUUCUCUUUUAUCUGUUUUUAUCAAUGUAAAUAGAAUAAUGAGUAUGCUUAGAAAAAAUGCAUUGUCUUUGUGAGUAAAAGAGGCUACUUCUCUUUUAUUUGUAUUCAGCAAUGUGAAUAGAAUAGUGAGUAUGCUCAGAAGAAAUGCAUUGUCUUUGCUAGAAAAAGAGGCAACUUUUCUUUCAAUCAGACUUAGCAAUGUUAAUAUAAUAGUGAGUAAGCUCCGAUGAAACACAUCGUUUUUGCUAGGGAAAAGAGUCUAUUUCUCUUUCAACUGUGGCUGGCAAAGUGAAUAUAAUAAUGAGUAUCUAAGAAUAUUGUCUUUGCUAGGAAAAGGGGCCACUUACCUUUCAAUUGUAUUGAGCAAUGUGAAUAGAAUGGUGAGUAUGUUCAGAAGAAAUGUAUUUUCUUUUCUAGAAAAAUGGGCCACUUCUCCUUUAUUUGUAUUCAGUAAUGUGAAUAGAGUAGUGAGUGUGCUUAGAAGAAAUGCAUUGUCUUUGCUAGUAAAAUAGGUCAUUUCCUUUCAACUGUAUUUAGAAAUGUGAAUAGAAUAGAGAGUAUGCUCACAAGAAAUGCAUUGUCUUUGCUAGGAAAAGAGGCAACUUCUCUUUCAAUUGUAUUCAGCAAUGUGAAUAGAGUAAUAUAUAUUAUAGGAAGAAAUGCAUUGUCAAUGCUAGCAAAAGAGGCCAUUUCUUUUUCAAUUGUAGUUAGCAAAGUGAAUAUAAUAUGCUAAGAAGAAACAUCUUGAUUUGCUAGGAAAAAGGAGUAGUUUCUCUUUCAACUUUAUUUAUCAAUGUGACUAGAAUAUUGAGUAUGCUUUGAGGAAACACAUUUUCUUUUCUAGGUAAAGGCUACUCAUAUUUGUAUUGUCUCUGUUAGGCAGAGACCAUUUCUCUUUCAGGUAUAUUUAGGAAUAUGAAUACAAUAGUGAGUAUGUUUAGAAGAAACACAUUGUCUUUGCUAGUAAAAGAGGCCAUUUCUAUUUUAAUUGUAUUUAGCAAUGUGAAUACAAUUGUGAUUAUUACACUUAGAAGAAACACAUUGUCUUUGUUAGUAAAAGAGGCAACUUCUCUUUCAACUGCAUUUAGCAAUGUGAAUAGAAUAGUGAGGAUGCUUACAAGAAAUGCAUGAUCUUUGCUAGGAAAAGAGGCCACUGCUUUUUCAACUCUAUUCAUCAAUCUGAAUAGAAUUUGAGUAGGCUUAGAAGAAAUUUAUUGUGAAUGAAUAGAAUAAAUAAAUAAAAUGAAUAAAUGAUUGAAUAGUGAAUAUGCUUAGAAAAAAAUACAUUGUCUUUGCUAGGGAAAUAGCCCUGAUCUCUUUCAACUGUGUUUAGCAAUGUGACAUUUUGGAUUAGUCCAUUCUUUGCUAGAGAGACUACCUUGUAUUGUAAAUUUGUUAUUACACCUGAUAGGUUAGCUAGCCACACACCUCCAAACAUGGCAUUCAGAAAUGUCUGGUGAGUGGUGGUGCAGAUAGAGGAACUUCUGUAAAUGCCUCCUGUCUGGUGAUGGUAGGCUGCAGUUGCAGCUCCAGGUGCCCCAGUUCCUAUCAUCUGCUGUGUUUUGACUUAACAGGUAUUUGAAGUAUCAUUUAAAUUUUUCUUCUGAACAUUUUGACCUGUACAUGUUUCCUUUUUGCCAUAUAGAACCAAAGAGGAUUUUUAUUUAUUUUUUUGAAAGAUUUAUUUAUUUAAUGUAUGUGAGUGCUCUAUCGGCAUGUACACAUUUGUGUCAGAAGAGGGCAUGAAAUCCCUAUAUAGAUGGUUGUGAGCCACCAUGUGGUUGCUGGCAAUUAAACUUAGGACCUCUGGGAGAGCAGCCAGUGCUCUUAACUACUGAGCUAUCUCUCCAGGCCCUGGGGACUCUUCUUUAAGGAAAUAAAAGUUGUAGGUAAUUAAAUGGAAGGGCUAGAAAUCCCCAUAUUCCUGAUGCAUCUGUCUUUGAAGGUUUCUUUUAUAGUAGUAUCUUCUUUGUAUAAGGAAAAUAGAAUAAGAUUCUAAUAGUUUUAUGCACAUACAAAUUGGUAAUUUACUGAUGUGUCUGUACAGGAUUUUGUACAUAACUCCCAUAGUCCAACCUACAUCUUUUAUUGGUACUUUGUAUAACAUACUGAAUCUAUAUAUUAGAUUACUGGUGAGUUUCUUUUGAUACAGUUGAGUAUACUUUGGUGGCAAACUUGAGAGAACUGUGGUCAUUUUAAUUGACAACUUUAAAACUGACUUAGAGCUUGAGAGUCGGUUCUUUGUACCUUCUUGAUCUCAGAGUUAGAAGUGCUGUGGAUUAGGAAAAAAACCAUAUUCAACAGUGGCAUGCUUUAGAAGACUUUCAUGAUUUUUUACAUCCUCUCAAUCUUAGGGAUUGACUCUAGGCACUCAAUUUACCAUGAGCUACACUCACAGCACUGUUUUUCAUUUUUAAUUGUUAUUGUAUGUAUCUAUGGGCUAUAUUGUGACAUUUCAUUGCAUAUCUCCAGUGUAUGAUGACUAGCUUAGGAUAAUUGCCACAUUCAAAAUCUCUUGACGAGCAAUUUUGAAAUAAUUCAUAUUAGUUAUUUUGUACAAGUUUUAUGUAUCUAUAACUACAGUAAUUACCUUAUAUUUAUUGGCAUCUUGUCUCUGUUUAAUUGUAAGCUUAAAAACAUUAUGAACAAGAAUAAAUGCAAUAUGGCUUUCUCUCAUAA